UUAAAAUAAAGUGGGGGGAAAAUCUUCAAAGAUGCACGGAUCCAAUCGAUAAUUCGGUUUUUGAUUCGUACAUGUAACGCAUGCGCAAACCCUGAUCUUCCUUUCAGCUAGCUUCUCCGCCAUGGCGCCUCUUAAAAAGCAAAGCACCGGCAAAGGUGGCAAGAAGAAGAAGCAGGUCCUGAAGUUCACACUGGACUGCACCCACCCUGUGGAAGAUGGCAUCAUGGACGCUGCCAACUUUGAGCAUUUUCUUCAGGAGCGCAUCAAGGUGAAUGGGAAAGCCGGCAACCUGGGUGGUGGUGUUGUCGCCAUCGAGAGGAGCAAGAGCAAGAUCACAGUUUCCUCUGAGGUGCCCUUCUCCAAAAGAUACCUGAAGUAUCUGACAAAGAAGUACCUGAAGAAAAACAACCUUCGUGACUGGCUGCGUGUGGUGGCAAACACCAAGGAGAGCUACGAGCUCCGCUACUUCCAGAUCAACCAGGAUGAAGAGGAGGAGGAAGAUGAAGAUUAAAUUGAUAAUCCUGAUUUUGUACAUUUAAAUAAAUGUUGUUUACAGUACAGAA